AUGCUCAAGAAACAACCAGCCUGCGAACCCUGCCGCACGCAAAAGCUAGCAUGCGACCACGCCCGACCUGUCUGCCGGCGGUGCCUCGAAAGAGGUGAGCCCGACAGCUGCACGUACAGGCCCAGACCUUUCAAGAGGUCCGCCGCGAGGCGCCAGCGGCAGUGCCCCUCGACUACUCCCGCUGCUACGUCUACCCAAGUUGUCGUGCCAGCGAGCUCGGCCGAAGCAGGCCUGACAUCAGACACAUCGCAGACACAGGAGAGCGAAGUUAUUGAUGGCAAUGGUAAUGGCGUCGGGUGGCGCCCUGUAGGUGAUACGGGGCAAAGCUGGGAUCCACAUCCGCCGUAUCAUCACCAGCAUCACUACCAUACACGGCCCAUCCACUACCCUAACCCCGGAUAUCUGGGGCCGUCCAGUCACACCACAUUAUUCAACCAAGUACGGCUUGAGAGCAUCUACCCGGAACUUCACCAUCCGACUGGUUCGUCGCCGCAACAGCCAACUGAGCCUGGAUCUGCCCCGCCGCUUGAUACUGGCCCGCCGACAGAGCAAGAACCCACCGUCGACGAGGAUGACAUUGAUGCGGGAGCACGUUUCAUUAUGGAGCUGGGCAGGCUGCCGGCGCCGCUCGCCAGGUACGCCGACCUUGUCCAGGGCUGGAUCAACAAGGGCGCAAAUCUUGCCUUGGCUGCAGAUGUGACCGAAUGCUGCAUUAGAGCGACAGUGGCAGCACUCACCGGAUUUAACAAGACGUACACCCCAGCGAGGGCAAUCUCACAGUCGCUUUUUGCGCAGUCCCGUCGCAAAGUCAUGACAAUUGCGUCGACUACACUCGAUGACUAUCGGCGUAACCUGACCUCCCCAGGCGCCCGAUGGGAGACUCUCGGGCUGUUCCUCACAGCUUUAUGUCGGGCUACCACGGACGUGGCCUAUUUUGAACCUCUAUACGACAGCCAAAGCCAGCGUUGCAAGCUUCAGAGACUGUCUCUAAACUUUUCAGACCGUUGCCUAGAUUUGGCUCUUUCUCUCGACUGCCUCAACGACUUCCAGCUAUUUCUCCAGUACGAGAAUUUUAUAUCACAUACCCAGAUAGAUGGUGAUCAAAGCUAUCGAUCUUGGCGGAAGCUUGGAGAUGUAGCCAGCUCGCUGUAUGCUCUUGGAUAUCACCAGGAGAUAGGCUCAGAUGACUGCCCGACCUUCCUUCUGACCCUCCGGCGGACGGCACUUAGCCGCGCGUACUCGGCGGAUAAGAAUGUUUCCAUCUUUCUGGGGCGGCCUCCACGGAUUUUGCGGAAAUUUUGCCAUCCAAACAACAUCGUUUGCCUAGCUGGACAAGUCUCAAAGGCGACGGCGGAUGUUUUUGGACCGACUAAAGCUUUCGACUAUGUCGCUGAUAGUCGGUGGUUCCUUAUAUGUGCUGUUCUCAAGGAAAGAAUCUUAGGUCUGUUUAAUCUGGAUGAUACGGAAAUAAGAUCGCGAGAAGCCAAAUUGAUUUAUGACGACAUUGAAGCUCACUGGUCCAGCCUUCCGCCGUCUUAUCGCCUCGACUGCAAUCUCAAGUCAUGCCACCGGCGGCCACUUGAGCGAGACUUCAUGGUUGGAGCCAAACUAAACUACCUACACACUCACUUUCUUCUGCGAAGUGCACUCCUUCGUCAGACGUCAGAACCAGAUCCGCAGCUGCUAGGUCUCUCAGUGGAUAUGUUGGCUCUUGUUGUUGAAGCAGUCAUGCUAAAGGACCAACUGGUGAACUCCGGUACAUCCCUUGUUUGGAAGGUUGUGUACUAUGGACUCGCUGCUGCUGGCGUUCUCUGCCUGACGCUCAUCAGCCGGCCGACCCUGCCUUCUGUCCUACAAGAAAGCGUUCCCAAAGUCUUUCAAGACCUGAGCAUCCUAGUUGCUGAAGUCGAAAGAGGCACGCUCGUCUAUGUUGAGCAUCCCAAUUACGCGCUCCUCUCACGAGCUACCAAGACGAUUCAGAGCCUACUCAAUCGGCUAUUCGCCAUCUCAUACACCUCGGCCAUGGCACCAGUCACGAUGCAGCAGCAACAGCAAGAGCAACCGCAUGAUUAUCAACAGUCCUUCGUAGAUCCACAGCUUGGACCAGCCAUUGCCCCAGAUUUUUGGGAUCCCUGGGAGAGGUUCAACGGGCAGGACUUUGAGCUCAACUUUUGGCUCAAUCUAGCGGAUCAUCCAUUUCUCGCAAAUUGA